AUGGACGCGGAGUCAACUGCGGUGACACCCGGCCAGAGGUCAACCAUGACGAGCUCGUCGAGGAAACGGAGUUCCUGGUCCAGCACCAGCGAGGACACCGAACUGUACUCGGUCACCGGCGACGACUCGUCAGAUGACAGCUUUGAGUCUGUGAAGAGGAGGAAAGCCAAAACAAGGAUUCUCAAGGUGUCUUCACCAGCGAGGACGUUAACCACGAAGACAAAAAGUGAACGCUGGCCGCACUCCGUCCUCUUCGUGCCCGAGGACUCCUCCAUCAGCCUCCGAACACUUAACAGGAUCAAAUUACCAAACGGGUACGUAUUCUGCAAUGGCGGCUGUGAAGCUCUCGUUGACACCGGCACAUCCGUUAUCUCCGGCCCAGCUGCGGAGAUCAAAAUCCUAAACUUUGCCAUUGGAGCCGAUCAGGUGGCGCCUGGACAGUAUUCUGUGAGCUGCGACACUCUGGAAACCUUGCCGAAGGUUACUUUCAGCAUAGGCAAGCGUGAUUUCGUGCUGGAUGCUAAAGACUACAUAAUGAUGGUCCCGCAGCGGAACGGCCGCAUCGUGUGCCUGAGCGGCUUCAUAGAAUCCGAUGAGGGAGCACCGUGGGUUCUGGGCGACACGUUCAUCGGCCGCUUCUACACGAUAUUCGACAGAGGGAACGACCGCAUUGGCUUCGCCGAAGCUCGGUAAACCGACAUGCCUGCCGCCACCAGGAGAAAUUUCAGCUGCGCUUGCCACAAUGAGCACUGCAAGCUGAUUAGUUGUCGAAGCUAUGCGCAGGAUCGUCGAGUAUGCAUAGAUGGGAUGUUAAAAUUCCCCAUGCUUUCCCUUUGAGUUACAUAAGUACUGCAGGUUGGGCUGUUUCGUUUCCGUUCAUAGUGAAUACAUGGAAUACAGAGUCUGUUUAAACGUCAACGCCUGGUAUAAGCAAACCAUAAUUAUAACUCAUUUGUACCCGUAGCCUACUGGACAAAUGUUGUAAACAUUUUUGU